AGUCAGGCUGUGCUCUGAACUGAGGCAGGAUCUGCUUCCCUCCCCCUCUGAGUGCACUCUGGGUCCUAGAAGGACCCCUUGCAACUGGAGGCCUGAGUGCCCCUCUGUCGGUGGGUCUCCUUCAGGGCCAGGCCUCAGCAGCCUCUCUAGAGCACAACCCAGAACACACAGGCCUGUUCCCCAGAGUGAGGGAUCAGAGAGAGAGAGAGAACAGCUGAGAGUGAGCAGGAGGAGAGCCCUGGACUGUUUGGGACCCAGUCUCAGAACUGGCUUCACAUCACUCUGCCCUGUUCCACGGAGUAGAAGGGAAUCACGAACUUCAGGCCACACUCAAGGGGAGUGGAUUCCAGCAGCAUGUGUAGACCGAGCAGAGGGGAUCACAGGAGGCCAUUGAGGGAGAAGGAGAAGACCUCACAGGCUCAAUGCCCUGGGCAGAAUCACAGUCUAGUUCAAGGUGGAGCCAGGUGUAAACCCAGCUCGGCAUCCUCAAGGAUGGGGCCCUGGCUGCUCCCAGGCUUCUUCAGGGUGCUGUGAAAAUGCGGUGCUGCUCUAACUGCAGUCAGACAUGGAGAGGGCAGGGGGCUGAGACUGAGAAGUCGGCAGCCUGGUCGUGCAUUUGGCAAGUUUCUGCCUGAGGAUGAGCCCAGGGCAGGCGAACAUUUGAGUGUUCCCCAUCCAUGUCAUGCCUAGGGUGGAGGGAGCAGGGGCCACCUUUGCUGAGCUCAUGCUUAUGCACUUCUGAACUCAAUCCCACACUGGAGAAUUGGGAAACUGAGGCCCAUAAACAGGUAAACACUGGCCCACGGCACAUGACAGACAAGAGUCCAAGCAGAAGGAAGUAUUCUGAUAUUCUAGGGCAAGACUGGAACCCUUCCAAUAGGCUUUGCAGUGGACAACAGAAACCGUCAGUUCUUGGGAAGCUCUUGCCCAUCCCUUCCUCUGUGGAAGCUGUUUCCUCCUGGGCAUCCAGGGCUUGAGCCGUGACACACACGUACACACAGAGACUUUAGAUGGAAGGACGGACUAUGGGGUGGGCUCAGAAGAGAAGCAGACACAGGGGAGGAGAGGAGAGGAAGAAAAAAGUGGUUAGAGGUAUUCCCUACAUGGGACACCGCUCCUCCAAUUUCACAGGUAUUUUCCCACUCGGGCCUGAGGGCAUCUCCAAGGAGUAUGGGCUAGGAUAAUCCCCCCCAUGCAAACUGGAGGUAGAAUGGCCCCAAGAGGCACCAUGGCUUCUCCAGGAUGAGAAACAGGGAAGAAGGAGCACUUGUGUCUGCGUCUGUCUCAAAGCUGGGACCCUGGCUGCACCCAGACCUUCUCGGAGGCCUGUGGAGACAGAGCCAUUCUGAUGACUGUGACGUGAGAUCUCGUGGUAGUUUUGAUUUCAACUUCCCUAAGAAGUGGUGAGAUUGAACAUCUUUUCAUGUGCCUGUUGGCCAUCUGUCUAUGUGGGUCUGGAGUGGAGAGAGUCACCGAGGUGUGAGUGCCCCCGAAGUCAGUCAGCCAGUGCUCUGAGGCUUCCUGCCUGGCUGCCGGGCACUGUCUCUACAGGUCGUUCCUCAGGAGUUUGGAAAGAACAAGACACAUCAGUCCUUCCUCUCCCUGACUCUACAGGAAGGGAUGAUGCGGCACCCGGCCGACACAAGCCAGCGCUGGGCCUGGGCUCUCGACACAUCCACAGUGGACAAGAGAUCGUUUCCCCGGCUGUGGACGGUUCACAACACUGCACUCGAGCAUCUGGUGGCUCACCUUGUGCCCGCCUUCCUGCUGUGCGACACCACUUUUAUCCACAGCUUCCUGUUGACAUACACAGAUGUGGCCACCACACAAGAGGUGCUAGAUGAGUUCUUUAAUAGUUACAGAUUCAUCCUCUAUUGCAGAGUGGAUGAUGCACCCACCAGCCUAUGGAAAAAGGCCUUGGCCUUCAUUCUUGGCACGUGGAUGGAAUCCUAUCCCCAGGACUUUUGCCAGCCCCCACACUUUCCCAGCUUGAGAAGGGUAUUGGCCUUCCUCGCGUUCAGCAUGCCAGGCUCGCAGGUGGAGCAUCAAGCUCGCCUUCUGCUUUCACAGUUGCUGCACCCUGAGCCCAGCGAGGCAGGGAGUCAGGCACCAGCUCCUGAGAAAGAUCCCAACCCAGAUGAACAUCGCCCCCCUUCUCCAACUCUAGUGCCGACCACACCUCAGAGCCACAGAUCGACGUCCAGUGCCGCAGCCGCCUCGAGUCUCAGCCCGGAUUGCACUUCAAGCAAUGGAAAGACCAUUCACGUCCUCCCAGCAACGAGCCUCAGCCCCUGGACCGUGGCCCCACCACUGAUUUCUGCCCCUUCCCCUUUACCGCCAGUUCAUUAAAGUUCUAUUUUGUCUUGCA